CCGUGGUGAAGAACCCACCUAACAAUCUGUGGAUCAUCGCUGCAGUGUUGGCGCCCAUCGCUGUGGUCACGGUCAUCAUCAUUAUCAUCACUGCCGUGCUCUGCAGGAAGAACAAGAACGACUUCAAGCCAGACACCAUGAUAAACCUGCCUCAGAGAGCAAAGCCCGUGCAAGGAUUUGACUAUGCCAAGCAGCACCUGGGCCAGCAAGGGGCAGAUGAGGAGGUCAUCCCUGUGACUCAGGAGACUGUGGUCCUUCCCCUGCCUGUGAGGGAUGCUGCUCAGGAAAGAGACAUUGCUCAGGAUGGGAGCACCAUCAAGACGGCCAAGUCCACAGAAACCAGAAAGAGGUCGCCCAGUGAGAAUGGCUCUGUCAUCAGCAACGAAUCAGAGCCCAGCUCAGGGAGACGCUCACCCCAGAAUGUAAUGGCACAGGAGAAAGUGACAAAGGAGGAGGCAAGGAAGAGAAAUGUGCCAGCCAGUGACGAAGAGGAGGGAGCGGUUCUUUUUGACAACUCUGGCAAGGCAACAGCAGAUCCCUUCGACACGUCUUCUGGGUCUGUGCAGCUCAUCGCAAUCAAACCCUCAGCCCUACCCGUGGUGCAUCCUGCCUUGGACAGGAGCCAGGAGUCCUCAGCCGUCCUCAAUGGUGAGGUGAACAAAGCCCUAAAGCAGAAGUCGGACAUCGAGCACUAUCGGAACAAGCUACGCCUCAAAGCCAAGAGGAAGGGAUAUUAUGACUUCCCUCCGGUGGAGACAAAUAAGGGCCUGACUGAAAGAAAAAAGAUGUAUGAGAAAGCCCCAAAGGAAAUGGAGCAUGUUUUGGAACCAGACCCGGAACUGUGUGCUCCGUUCGCAGAGGCUAAAAACAGGCAACAGAUGAAGAACUCUGUCUACCGAAGCCGACAGUCUCUGAACAGCCCGAGUCCAGGAGAAACUGAGAUGGACCUUCUGGUCACUCGGGAGCGACCCCGGCGUGGAAUCCGUAACAGCGGAUAUGACACUGAGCCUGAAAUCAUAGAGGAAACCGACGUUGACAGAGUCCGUGAACCCCGGGGCUACGGCAGGUCACGGCAGGUGAAAGGCCACUCAGAGACCUCCACGCUGAGCUCGCAGCCCUCCAUCGACGAGGUCCGGCAACAGAUGCACAUGCUGCUGGAGGAGGCCUUCAGCCUGGCGUCUGCGGGCCAUGCCGGCCAGGGCCGGCACCAGGAGGCCUACGGCUCCGCUCAGCACCUGCCCUACUCUGAAGUGGUGACCAGUGCUCCAGGGACCAUGACACGGCCCAGAGCUGGGGUGCAGUGGGUACCAACCUACCGCCCAGAGAUGUACCAGUAUAGUCUGCCCCGGCCGGCUUACAGGUUUUCCCAGCUUCCUGAAAUGGUCAUGGGCUCUCCCCCUCCACCUGUACCUCCGCGGACUGGCCCUGUAGCUGUGACUUCCCUCAGGCGGUCGACCUCAGACAUUGGCAGCAAGACCAGAAUGGCUGAGUCCGCCGGGCCUGAACCCGCCCAUCUGCACGACAGCGCCUCAUUUGCCCAGGUGUCCAGAGGCCCAGUGUCAGUAGCGCAGCUGGAUCAGUCAGCUUUAAAUUACUCAGGUAACACGGUGCCAGCAGUGUUCGCCAUCCCAGCUGCCAACAGACCUGGCUUCACCGGCUACUUCAUCCCGACGCCUCCCUCGUCCUACAGGAGCCAGGCAUGGAUGUCCUACGCGGGAGAGAAUGAGCUCCCGAGCCAGUGGGCUGAUUCG